AUGUAUCUUCUCCUCUUAUUCUUUGCUCUCGAGCUUCGAGCACAGGAGCCCGAAGUCUUCUUCAAGAUCUACGGGAAGACCGAGAAGUGUUUUUCAAUUGAUGAGCCAGUGGGGACAUUAGUCCAUGCGCACUACAAAAUCUCGUCGAUGAAUGCGGGGAAAUACGGGAAGGAUGAUGUGAUCAAUUUGCAAUAUGUUCUUCACUUCCCACAAGAUUCUGGAAAGAAAGAUGAACAGGCUGCAAUUGAUCCGGAUGGUGUUGUCAUGUUCACAACUAAAGAGCUUGGAGAGUACACGAUCUGCUUUUCUGUGCAAAACGCCGUUAGAUAUGACGUCGAAUACAAAUUUGCGUUGAACUUAGAAGUCGGCAUUGAAGCUAUCGACUAUGAAAACGUCGCCAAGACCGAAGAUUUGAACGACGUCGAAGUGCAAUUCACACAACAAAUCGACUUGGUCAAAGCCCUCCAAAGCGAAAUCAAGUAUCAAACAGAGCAACACGAGUCAUUUGAACAAACGACCCAAUCAACUAUAUUCAGAGUUAAACUGUUUGCAAUCAUCCAAAUCUCGAUCUUCGCGGCACUUGCGUAUUGGCAAUACAAGAACUUGAAGAGCUUCUUCAGACACAUCAAAGUCGUUUAA